AAAGGCAAGGGGAGAAGGGAGGACGGGGCGGGGAGGAGGCGAGAGGCCGGGGACGAGAGGAGGGAGGCAGCUCGGCAGAGAGGGAAGGGACGGGACCCGGCGCCCCGCGGGCCAUGCGCCUCCUGGCCGCGGCGCUGGCCGCCCUGCUGGCCGCGGCCCCGGCCCCAGAUGUUUGUGAGGCUUUAAAUGUGACAGUCUCUCCGGGACCAACGGUGCGAUACUCCGAGGGUGAUAAUGCUACCCUUUACUGCCACAUUUCUCAAAAGAGAAAGACAGACAAUUUGCUGGCUGUGCGGUGGGUCUUUGCUGCAUCACCUAACCAGGAGUAUCUGAUGAUCAAAAUGACAAAGUUUGGGUCUGUCCAGUAUUAUGGAAAUUAUACUCAUCAUUUCCACAAGCAAAGACUUCAUCUUCUUAAAGAGAAACAUGGAACUAUGUACAAAUUUCUUAUUCUAAGCCUCCAGCAAACAGAUCAAGGAUAUUAUAUAUGCAAAGUCCAGGAAAUUGGCAAGCACAGGAAUAAGUGGACAGCAUGGUCAAAUGGCACAGCAGCUACUGAAAUAAGAGUGAUUUCAUCAAAGUCUUCUGAUGAUCCCACUUUCAAGAAAAACCAUGAAGCUUGGAAGUUUUUUGAAGAUCUGUACGUGUAUGCAGUGUUUGUGUGUUCAAUAGGAAUCAUCAGCGUCCUCCUUUUUACACUUGUCAUUCUCUGUCAGUCAAUUCUGAACAAGAGGAGAUCCACAGUGAAGCAUUACCUGGUGAAAUGCCCCCAGAACAGCUCUGGGGAGACAGUUACCAGUGUGACAAGCAUGUCCCCUCUACAGCCCAAGAAGGUAAAGAAAAAGAAAGAGAAAGAGAAACUGGAGCAGCCACCAGCUAUCCCAGCAAAAGCUCCAAUAGCCAAUAAUUUUCCUAAGCCCAAGCUCUUGAAACCUCAAAGAAAAUUGAUCCUGGGAGUAACAGCCACUGCUUUCAAAGGCUUUACUGGAGUUUCCACCUUUAUCUACAGAGUCUGGUGUGUCUGUCUGCCUCUCAGUGGAGAGAUGGCCAAGGGGAAAGCAAAAGGUCAAAAAGGGAAAAAGAUCACCUUGAAAAUUGCCAAAAAUUCCAUCCGGAUAUCUUUUGAUGGAGGGCGCCGUCUUGACUUAAGCAAGAUGGGUAUCACCACCUUCCCCAAGUGCAUUCUGAAACUGGCUGAUGUGGAUGAACUUGAUCUGAGCAGAAACAUGUUAAAAAAGAUUCCAAGCAGCAUCGAGAAGUUCCAGAAACUGCGCUGGCUGGACCUGCAUAGUAAUCAGCUUGAGGAGCUGCCCAAGGCAAUAGGUACACUUCAGAACCUCUUCUACCUGAAUAUAUGUAACAACAAGCUGACCACCAAAAAUCUGCCAGAAGAGUUGAACCUUCUCAGGAACCUGCGUAUUCUUAACCUUGGCUUGAACUGUCUUGACAGUAUUCCCACCGGUCUUGGGGCCCUGAAGGAACUUAAUGAGAUAGGUCUCUUUGACAACGCCUUGACCACCAUCCCAAACAGUGUGAAAAAGCUCCCCAAGCUCAAGAAACUGAAUGCAAAAAGAAACCCUUUCCCAGAUUCAACAGAACAAGAAGAGCAUGCUGACUCCAUUAAACGCACAGAAAUGCUUUACUUAGUACAAGAUAAAGAACUGUGCUCUUCCUGCCUGAAGAUGUGUCAGGAUGAGAGGGACAAGCUGAACAAGCUAAAGAAUGUGACACCUAGCCCCUCAAAGAAGCCAAGUUUCCCAUUACUCCUUACACCCAAUUCCACUGCAAAGGAUAAUCAAGAAGAAUGGAGAUUAAGAGGCAAACACCCCUGAAAUAUACCAAGGCACUCCACAGACCAUGUCCCAUGAAGUCCAGUCCAAGCUAAUAAAAAGCUGAGUACCUUCCUCCUCCCUUUUUCUGCAGUUCUCUUCCUUUAAAGAUCUACUCAGUUUUAGAAGCAGCAGACCUGUGUGGUCUCUAAAACGGAAUCUAAACCAACUAAAACAGAUGUAUACUUGGGAAAGGAAGGACUAUUUCCAUCUGGACCUGUUCCUACAACAUGUUCUCCACGUUUGGGUUUGUUUGGGGGUUUUUUGGUCUUUUGUGUGUGCACGUGUCCAGCGAAGGAAUCUUCAAAAAGAUAGUUUUUUCUAGUAACUCCACUCCCACCACUAAGCUCCAAACAUUAGUUUUGUUCAUUUUCAUAGGGCGAGACACAGUUAAACUAGUCUCAGUAAAUACCAUUUGGAGGAAAAGGAACAGACCUGGGAACCUUCUGCUGCUGGUGGCUGCCACCAACACCUCAGAGAAUCUCAGAUAGGCACUGUCAGUGUAGGAACCAUGAGCUUGUUCCAAUUCAGCAGAGGCAGAUGACACAAAUAUUAUGCUCAGGAGUAACUAAGCAGUGCAAACACAAUGCUUAGAGCUAAACAACCAGUCAUCCUGUUUGCCAUCAAGGGGCCAGACUGUGCAUAAGGAAGUUCUCUGGGAUUUUGGGUGCUAUACCUGGGUGCAGUGAUCUCUAACUUGAACGACACAAUCAGCACCACCACCUAUAUUCAUUGUGUUUUGUCUGCCUCUGAGUCUCCCUCCAAGGAAGGCACAGAAUAGAGAAGGGUUAGGGAAAAGAUUGCUCUCUUUAAGGGUUCUGGGCAUAUCACUUAAGCAGUGAAAAGAGAAGAAGAGUCACCCUCUUCCAUGAUCCAAGAGUCAGCUGGUGAAUUGAUGAAAUCAGGUGUGGUGUCCCCACAGUACUUCUAGCUUUCUGUUCACGUAUGCGCAUGUACAUGUGCACCUGAGCACACACAUUCACUUGCUCAAAUCACAUCCCUAGGGCAGAGAGUGCUGGCAGCCUGCAAACAGCAAUAUACAGGUACAACCAACAAGCAGAUUAUAAAAGCAGUCAGGCAUGACACAAGAAGAGAUGCUAGCUGUGGCCGUAUAACAUAUGGUGACGGCAAACAUUUAAGUAUAUUUAAAUGAAGAAUAAAGUGCCAGGGGCAAAGUACUCAGUUGUCCAGUAACAGCCCAUCAUAAUUUCUUAAAUGGCUACAGUAGAGCCUGGGAGUCAGAACUCCUGGGUAUUAUUCCUAUGGGCUAGGUGGAAAAACUGAUAUGAGGUUUCACAGAAAUGCUACUACCUCAAUGUCAUAGGAUACAUCAAACUAGUAAUUUCUUCUUUCCAUGCUUCAGCUGUGCAAUUAUUAAUAGUGUGCCUGGGCAAAGAGCUCAGUCUGGACUUCCUCCCUGCCUCAGGUAGGGCAGGAAAAGCUGGGAUGCUGUGGAAGAUGUCCAUUGCCCCCUAGAUGGGGAAGGAGCCCCUUGUGCUGCUCCUGAAUUUUUCUAACUCAGAAGUGGCUCCAGAAUUUAAAUGAGAGAAAAGUAAAAUCAUCAAGUCCUCAGUCCUUUGGUUCCCAGACUGGAGCUUGGUAAAGGGAAUCAUGCCCACUGGGGUCAUUUUCUCUAACCUUCCACUUAAGCACAACUUUUCUGGGAUCAUUACUUAGGCAGUGGCACUAUCUCGUGUUUAUUUUAAUUCAGCUCAUGGUCUAACAUGGCCCAGCCAAAGCUAUGCCAAAGGCCCCUUACAUGCUGAGAGUGAGUAAGAUGCACAGGGUCCUCUCUCAGCCAAUAGAGUAAAACUGAAGGCAAAGCCUUAUGGGAUUCAGGACAGGCUACUUUAGACCUAGACAUACUCCCUGCUUCAAUCUCUGAGACCAAACAUGAGUCAAGUUUUUCUCAUGAUAAUGACAUGCCCAGCUAAAGCCCAAAGUUCCUGCAGCCAUAGUGCAUCUUAUCUCAAGACAUUCCCACCUGUUGAGCACCCAGCAAGCACUGGGAAAGGAAACCCUGGGGUCAGUUAUUGGUUACUCCACACAGAACACGCAUCAUUCUCCAUAGAGUCAACCAUCACCUCUGGCAUAGGUUAGGCUCUAGCCAGAGCUGGCUGCAUACUGCACUGAUACUUUUUGCAAGCUGAUGGCUGGUACUCAGGGGUGAAAAUGUUCAUUUACAAGAUAGGUAAUGAUCUACAACAGGUAGAGUAAAAAUUAAGAAGAAUAGUACAGCUGACACAGGCCACAAUAACUCCUAGGGGUAAUCUGCCCCUCAGGUCUCAGCAGUAUUCCAGCCUCCAGGCAAUCAUUUCAGAGGACACCAAUUAGGCAUUCAGGCUUGUGUUCCUCAGAUAUCCAAAUUGAGAAGAGUUACAGGCAUGCAAGUAACUCAAGGUCAGCAUGGAACAUGCUCUCAAUCACCUCCCACUAGAAGAAAACUUUUUUCCCUGCAGUGGUAAAUCUGACACAGUUACUAUAACAUGCCAAAAUAUCCAUGUGUACAUCUAUCAUUGUCUGCCCUAACCACGCAAUAAAGAGGCCAUUAUGCAGAAGCAUUAUGGAUUAGCUCUAACCUCACCUCACUGACUGUCUCUUUCCCACACUAACUGUCUGUGUAGAGUUUACCAAUAAAGUCAUAUUAAGGAGGUAAUAA